GCUUUCACAACAGAGACAGAGUGCCGUAUUACGGUUUUCAUCGAGCGCCAAGGCUGUGCAAUUCAAUCCCACUAAUAUCGCAAUCAACAGUAAAAAAAAAAAGUGAUUAGAGCAAAGAUUAAGAAGCGACUAUAUUAUUCGUCGUACGAUGUCAGUUGUACCUCCUAAUCGAUCAUCUACCGGUUGGCCUCGUGGAGUAAAUCAGUUCGGCAAUAAAUAUAUUAGCCAGCCGGCUAAACCGCUCACCCUGGAGAGAACAAUCAACCUAUACCCUCUAACAAAUUACACAUUCGGCACCAAGGAGCCGCUCUAUGAGAAGGACAGCUCGGUAGCCGCACGCUUUCAGCGGAUGCGGGAGGAGUUUGAGAAAAUCGGGAUGCGGCGGACAGUGGAGGGAGUUCUGAUCGUGCACGAGCACAGACUCCCUCACGUGCUGCUCCUACAGCUGGGAACCACCUUCUUCAAACUUCCUGGUGGUGAGUUGAACCCUGGAGAAGAUGAGGUGGAGGGGUUAAAACGACUGAUGACAGAGAUUUUGGGGCGUCAGGAUGGAGUGAAACAGGACUGGGUCAUUGAUGACUGUAUUGGGAACUGGUGGAGACCAAACUUUGAACCACCUCAGGUGUACCCAUAUAUUCCAGCACACAUCACUAAACCUAAAGAACAUAAGAAGCUUUUUCUAGUACAGCUGCAAGAGAAAGCAUUGUUUGCUGUGCCAAAGAACUACAAGCUGGUGGCCGCCCCCUUGUUUGAGCUUUAUGAUAAUGCUCCUGGCUACGGCCCGAUUAUAUCCAGUCUUCCUCAGCUACUGAGCAGGUUUAACUUCAUCUACAAUUGAGAAGCAAAUGGUUUUGUCUUGACUGUGGGCUGUCUCUGUGAGCACAGUCUGAUGGGAAGGCACGGGUGACAGAUAAAGUGCUGGUGUUUCGACGAUGCCGAGGUUUUACAUUGUGAGGCAUUACAUUGCGUAGAAAUGUGUGCAUUUUUUUCUCCUUUAUAGAUACAUUGUAAGUCUUUGUUAUUGAACUUUGUCAUCAAGUAACUACAUUUUUAUGUUCAACUAAGUGAUGAAUACAAUGUCUUUAGAAAAAAAAAUGUUUCAGUGACUUUUUUUUAACCUUGUAUAUUUGUCAGUGCUUUUUAUAAUAAAUUGUUCUCUUUGAGAUUA